GAAGCCCAGAGGGAGGUGUGGAGGCAGGGAGACAGUGAGACAGAGAAACUGAGUCACAGACAGAGACAGAGAGACCUAGGGUCAGCAAGGGACAGGGACACAGACCACUACACGGAGAGAGAGCACAGACAGGGAAGGAGACAGAGAGACAGAGACUGGGAGAAAGGAUGGAAUAGAAAAACAUGAGGGACAUAAAGAUGGAGACCUAGACAGGGAUGCUAGGCUGAGAGACACAGAGCCAGAGAAAUGGAAAGAGACAAAGGAACAGAGUCAGAGACACUCAGAGACAGAGCCAGAAGAGAUAGAGAUAAAGCCAUAGAGGAGAGAACAACGGAGACAGGGAAAGGCAGAGACCAAGACAAUGCAGGACCCAGAGGCUUCCAGAGCAGGAGAGGCUGAGAGAGGAGUCCAAGGUGAGACCGAGAACCAGAGACAGAGGAGAAGGGGUGCAGGGAGCCGGGGCCAGGCCACAGGGGUGGCGGCUAGCAGGAGUGCCGGCAGCACCGUUUUCUCCCCUCGGGCACACUCAAGGUGCCUGGGUGUGCCCAGGUGUGCCCCACCACUCUCCUGCCGUGUCUCAGCCCAAGUGGGAUCAUGUGUGUGCCGUGGAGCAGGCGUGACAGCAGCACGGGCUGUGUUUUUGUCACCAGGUGUGUCUGUGAGUGCGGUCUGGCGUCUCUGGGUGUGUCUGUGUGGGUUGUGUCCGCGUGUCGCCAGACGUGUCUGUGCGUGAGCGUCUCCAUUCCCUGUGGCUGGCGGGUCCGUGUCUCCGCAUGACACAUGACACAGGACGGAGCGGGUUCCGUCUGCGAGCUCCCGGGGACGCAGGCUGUGCGGCCAGCGUGCGCAAGGUGUUUUAUAACACGCCUGGAUACACCGUAUUCAGAUCGGCAGGUCACCUCUGUGCUGCUGCCUUCGGUGACACUCUGCAGUGUGGGUCACUCUGCUCGCAUGUGCUGUUCUGUGUGUCGCUGUGCGUUGCGUCUGUUUCAGGGGCUUGUGAGUGUCAUUCAGCGAUGUGAGCCCGGGUGCCAGGUCUAUGCAUGUCCGUCGUGGGGGCCUCUGCUUUCCCCGCCAUGAGCGCAGCCCGGGUGCCGAGGGCGGAGUGUGCUGUGUUUGUGUGGCUGCGUAUUGUGAUGCGCUGGACGGCAUUGCCGGGGCGCUGUGUGAGCUGUCCUCGGGGCCUGGGUGGCGGCCGUGCCCAUGGGCCACAUCUGAUGUUUUAUUGAGAUGCACGGUGUUUCGGGGAAGGUGGUGCAGGGAAGCACUGCGUCAGUGGGCUUCAUGUCACACCCUGUGUUCGCACAGGACUCUGUGUAUGUUGUGUUUGUGCGGCCGCGCGUGUGGGAGUGGAUCGGGAGCCAGGCCGCGUGCGGGUGCAGUUCGGAUGUGGCCUGUCAGUCAGAGGAGCUCCCGCCUGGGCCUCCCUCGCCCCUGAGGUGCCAUUCCGGGUCCUGCCUUCCAUGACACCCCAGAAGAUGCCAGGAUGCCUUGCUCUGGGCAUGUGCCGCUUGGGGGCUUUCCUACGUGUCACCGUGCAGUGCAUGUCUCUCCGUGGGCCCAUUCAUGUCGCUGUAUCUGUGCACCUGAAAGGCAUUGCGCCCUGGGGUGCACGGUGUGUGGCGGUCAUGGUCAUGUGUCUGUGCUGCAAAUCAGUCCGGGAGCGUGUGCACCUGAGUCGCUGCGCGUCACUAUGCGGAUCGGUGUGCAUUUCUCUCUGUGCUGGGUGCUUGAGGACGGCCACGGUGUGUCCCUAAAUGUGGUGUGUCUGCACCUGCCAGGUAUCACUCCACAGGUGUGGAAUGUCUGGGCCGCUGUUAUUAGCGCAUCGUUUACACAGACAUGUUGAGUGUGGCGUCUGGGUGUCACUGAGUGAAUAUGUGUCGUUGGAAAACAGGUAUCUGUUAUGCUAAUGUAGCUACCGCUGGGCAGGGUGUGCCGGGGGGGUCAGGGUGUGGCUCUUUGUGUCGGAGAAUGUUGUAUCUGUUUUGACUGCCACGUGUGUGCCUGUGUGUGGACAGUAUUUGGGGGGUCAUGUGCCACACGGGGCAGUGUCUGCCUCGCUGAGUGCCGGCGUGUGUCACACCGUAUGUGUGGUGUCUGGGUGUGGCUGUGGGUUUCAGAGCUCAUCGGGAGUUGUGAGUCACUCAGUGUAGGUUGUGUUGUGUGCCCAUGUGUGUUACGUUCCGUCUCCGGCCAUGCCGUGUGUGAGGGUUUAUCACCGGGUGUCUUGUGGUGUCUGGGUGUGGCUAAGUAUCCAUGUGUAUUACACGGCACAGACCGUUGUGUGUGACAGAAACUAUUGUGUCCCCAGUAGUGUCUUUAUCCAUGUGGAUGCACGCCUCUUCCUUGCUCUACCCCAAGACACACCCCAGUCCCUCCUUAGACUGAGAAGGGUGGUUGGGGAGCCUCUCCUUGCUCGAGGGCCACGCCAGCCCCUCCCCGCCCUGCCCAGCAGUCACCACCCCCAGAGGGCACAGGCUCCCUUCGUGCCUCAAAGCAAGAGCCCCAGAGCAAGGAGCAGAGCAGGCUGAGGACCUGCAAGCCACAGUGGCUGCCCUUUGUGUGCUGCGAGGUGGGGGACCCUGGGCAGGAAGCUGGCUGAGCCCCAAGACCGCAGGGGCCAUGGGCGGGGAGCUGGUGCCAGGCCUGGGGGCCCUACAGCGGCGAAAGCGGCUGCUGGAGGAGGAGAAGUGCCUGGCUGGCUGGGCACUGGCACUGGCGGGAGCUGGCAUCGGACUCAUGGUGCUGCACGCGGAGAUGUUAUGGUUCGGAGGGUGCCCGUGGGCGCUCUACCUGAUCCUGGUUAAAUGCAUGAUCAGCAUUUCCACCUUCUUGCUUCUUUGUCUUAUCGUGGUAUUUCACGCGAAAGAGGUCCAGCUGUUCAUGACCGACCACGGGCUCCGGGACUGGCGCGUGGCGCUGACCGGGCGGCAGGUGGCGCAGAUCGUGCUGGAGCUGGCCGUAUGCGCUCUGCACCCGGCGCCGGUGCGGGACCCGCGGUGCGCUCUGGGUUUGGGGUCCCGGCCCGCGGCGACACAGUCCUGGCCGGGUUUCCUGGAUGAGGGGGAGGCGCUGCUGUCGCUGGCCAUGCUGCUGCGCCUCUACCUGGUGCCCCGCGCCGUCCUCCUGCGCAGCGGCGUCUUGCUCAACGCGUCCUACCGCAGCAUCGGCGCCCUCAACCAGGUCCGCUUCCGCCACUGGUUCGUGGCCAAGCUGUACAUGAACACGCACCCUGGUCGCCUGCUGCUCUGCCUCACGCUUGGCCUCUGGCUCACCACCGCCUGGGUGCUGUCGGUGGCCGAGAGGCAGGCCGUUAACGCCACCGGACACCUUUCAGACACACUGUGGCUGAUCCCCAUCACAUUCCUGACCAUUGGCUAUGGGGACGUGGUGCCAGGCACCAUGUGGGGCAAGAUUGUCUGCCUCUGCACUGGAGUCAUGGGGGUCUGCUGCACAGCCCUGCUGGUGGCCGUGGUGGCCCGGAAGCUGGAGUUUAAUAAGGCAGAGAAGCACGUGCACAACUUCAUGAUGGACAUCCAGUAUGCCAAAGAGAUGAAGGAAUCGGCUGCCCGAGUGCUGCAGGAGGCCUGGGUGCUCUACAGACACACCCGCCGGAAGGACCGCGGGGCCGCCCGCAGGCACCAGCGCAGGCUGCUGGCCGCCAUCAACAGGUUCCGCCAGGUGCGUCUGAAACACAGAAAGCUCCGAGAGCAAGUGAACUCCAUGGUGGACAUCUCCAAGAUGCACAUGAUCCUGUGUGACCUGCAGCUGGGUCUGAGCAGCUCCCACCAGGCCCUGGAGAAGCGGAUGGACGCGCUGGCAGGGAAGCUGGACGCCCUGGCUGAGCUGCUUAGCAACGCGCUGGGGCCACAGCAGCAGCAUCCAGAACCACGCCAGGAGGCCACGUAGCUGGACCCACGGAGGAAGAACCAAGCUACUUUCCCCAGGACUGAGGUCAAGGACAUUGUCCCUGCUACUCCUGACCCAGCCCUACGAAUAAAGCACCUCAAGUGCAAGGACCAAAGGGGGCCCCACCUUUGGAUGGGCUCACUCACUGAUGGCUGCUGGAGGAGACACUGGCUCAAGGAGAAAGCCCAUAGCCACACAAACACACUCCCACCCCCCACUGCCCCCAGUGGGAAAAUGGUCACUACUACCCUACAUACCUUCAACAAACAUCCUCACUAUGCUGCUACGGAUGACCUCCAGCUUUCAGUUAGAAGGGGAGGUGCCUGGGGGUGAGACUCUUGGGUCCCAGAGGAGGACGGGACCUGGGGUGGGGGUGGGGAGAAUCCAGAAUCCUGGGAUGCCUCAGUUACCGCUGGAUUCGGGAGCUGAAGGAACCAGGCCUGAGGCUGAGGGGAGGCAGCGCCCUCUGCCGGGAGAGCAAGGAGAACACCGUUUUCCAGAGCUGCGGAGUAUCUGGUGGGGAGAAGGCGGGUGGAGGGCACAACUCCCCAGUCUCUGCUCUUAACUUUGUAAUAAACGUUAAACAAAGCCAGAA